UGUUCGAGAAGUUUUACGUAUGCAUCCUAUUGCUGUUCAAGCUAUAAAUCGCGAAUGUAUGGAAGAUACUCAUGUUGCUGGAUAUCAUAUUCAAAAAGGUUCAUCAAUUCAAGUAGAUGUGCUUUCAGUUCAUUAUGAUCAAGAACUUUGGGGUCCUGAACCUGUUGAUGAAUUUCAUCCAGAACGUCAUUCUUGCAAACGACAUCCACUAGCUUAUAUGCCAUUUGGUGGAGGACCACGUACAUGUAUUGGCAUGCGAUUUGCACUUAUGGAAAUAAAAUCAUGUUUAGCUCGACUAAUGAGUACAUACCAGAUUUUACCACCAUCACAAGAAAAAUAUGAGUUGAAUAUGUGUGAAGAAAUCGUCAUUACACCUGAAAAAGUUUUUGUCAAACUCGAAAAACGAUGA